AUGGAUGAUAACAACCACGAGUUUAGCAAUGAAAGCAAAAAACGAACGUUAAGUGGAGCAGCUACCCGUAAGUUAGCUAAGAAGGUUCGUUUGAACAUGGAUGCAACAGUUACAACUGCUGUAAAUACGCUUGUGUCUGAAGAUCAACACCUUUCUAAAAGUGUCCAUACAGAAAGUAGUGAAACUGAUACGCCUGCUGAAAGUUUUCAACACUGCUUCGAGCAGACAAACAAUAAUGAAGCAUUUAAUGAAAAAGAACUUACCCCAUAUAUCCCGAUACUAGUUACAACUGUUCAAGAACCACUUCUUCCUCAAUCGGAGUUCCCUUCAGAUCCCGGACUAUAUAACAAUACGAGUUUGAGCGCAAAGCUGAUAAGGAAGUUAUGUGAAAUAGGACCAUGUCAGCCAGGUCUACAGAAAUCUUUCCGAUUUCCAACUGAUGAAGCCGGCCGUAAGUUCCAAACAUCUUGGUAUACAAAAACUAUUGGAAAGGGAAGUAUAAAAAAGGAAAGAAAUUGGCUUGUAUUUUCACCUAGCAAUCAAAAAAUGUACUGCCACGCUUCCUGGUUAUUUGCUGAUUUUAAAGCUGAAAAUUAUAGCAAAGAAUGGUCUGAUACAUCUGCAGGAGUUUAUAAGUGGAAAAAAGGCAUGGAAAAAAUAGUUGAACACGAAACUUCUCACCAGCAUCAAAACGCAAUACGCCAAUAUUUGCUCACUAAAUAUCGUAUUUCAAAUGAUAAAACUGUUAUAUCUGGUUUAAUUAGUCAAGAGUGUCGUCAAGUAGAAAAGAAUAGAGAAGUUUUGAAACGAAUGAUAGACGUAACGUUGUUCUUAGCAAAACAAGGUUUAUCAUUUAGAGGACACAGAGAACAUCAACAUUUCAAAAUUGGUAAUAAAGGUACAGCUAAUAACGCUGGCAAUUUUCUUGAACUGUAUGAAAAGAGAAAUCAGCUGUAUCUAAGUCAUGAUGUACAAAAUGAUUUAAUUCAAUCGCUUGCUUCUGAAAUUUCAUCCACAAUCAACAAUGAGGUUAAAUUAGCCCAGUUUUUUUCGUUAAUUAUUGAUUCAACUAUUGAUAUUUCCAAAAUUGAUCAGAUGUCAGUUUCGUUACGAAUGGUUUUAAAAUCAGGUAAUGUUGUGGAAAGAUUCAUAGGCUUCUAUACUUUAGAAAACAGCAACGCUGAAGCAUUUGCUGAGUUAAUUUUAUCUGAGCUUGAAAAACGAAACAUUGAUAUUAAACUCUGCAGAGGACAAGCAUAUGAUGGUGCUUCUGUAAUGUCUGGAAUUAAAAGUGGUCUUCAAACUCGGAUAAAAGCGUUUUCACCAAAUGCCAUCUAUGUUCAUUGCUGUGCUCAUGUUUUAAAUUUGGUGACCAUUGAAGCAAUGUCUGUAAACAGCGAAGUCCAGUUAUUUUUUGGCACAACUGAAAAAUUGUAUACGUACCUUACGUCUAGUUUACCACGACUUCAUAUUCUCCAAGAACACCAAAAACGUCUAUAUGAAUCAACAGUAGACACUCUGAAACGACUUUCUGAUACAAGAUGGGCAAGUAGGAAGCAUGCAGUUGAUGCUGUUGUUGAAUCUUUUUCUGCUAUUUUAGCCACUCUAGAAGAUAUAAAUCUAGGAGAAUCCAAACAACAUACAGGAGAUGUUAGAGCAGAAGCUAUUGGACUAUCAAUAUAG